CUGAGAUACCGGCGGAUUUCGCCAGCCUCCUCGAAUUCUUACCUUUUGUCCUGCGUUACACGCCGGCGAAAGGAAUUCUGGGAUCGUGUGUUAUGCUGAUCCAAAAUGUUUUUAAGAAAUAAAGAAGUUGUAAAACAAUGGAUACAAGUAUAUAUUUAUGUAUGUGUCUUGUGUGUAGACAUGUAGAUUCAGGGUUACAUCUCAGAGUGCUACUCGGUGUAUUUUCUGUGCACGUCCUUCCUACUUCAAUCUCGUGGUAUACCAGGGACCAUGUUUUUCCUUUCCUCACCAUACAGAAUACAAGAAAUGACGAUUCUGAAAAAGAAGCUGAUGACCAGAACAAGGGAUAGGAAGAUGACCUGUUUGCUUGAAGAGCGAGGGUGAAGAGCUACUUUUCAAAGGGUGAGACACAAGAAUGGCUUUUAGGAAUUUUCCCCCAAAGUAAUCUGUGACUGGAUCCUGUUGCCGAAACUUGGCCUCUGUUCACCGGUGCCGAAGAGAAAUGCGGAAACAGAGUUUUGGGUGAAGCAGAAAAGAGUAGCUUUUAUUGCUUUGCCAGGCAGAGGGGGCCACAGCGGGCUAAUGCCCUCAAGACUGUGUGACCCACCCUGGAGGGCGUAGUGAGGAGCCUUACAGCGUUGGAGGAGCAGGGCGUGAUCAGCUCGCAGACAGUUCUCGGAUUGGCUGGCAUCAAAGUGAAGUUUCAAGCGUCAUCAACCUUCUGGUUUCAACCAGUCCAGGGUCUAUGUGCUUGUGGGCGGCGCUUUCCAUCCGGAGGGGGUCUGCGCCCUGUACAACCACUUAGGAGUGUGUGUCGGGCCUUCAUCGGUAGCUUCAGUGAACUGGGAGUUCGGUGAUUCUGCCGUGUGGCGGAUUUAUAGUCUACGUUGCUGCCCGUUCCCCAGCCCAACAGCUGUUCUUUGUUUCUACACCUUCACAUUACCGAAUCAUUAACUCUUGAGUCAGCACUUUACUUCAAAAGACAAGGGCACGGGGCCUCGUACACGGUUUCAAUCCUGACCAGCUCUGAGAUUUACACGAUGCAUAUGCUGUUGUUUUCAUAAAUGUUAACGUCCGUAAAAUGAAGUUCUUAGAAGCAUUAUUUGAGUUCUCCAUUGACUACUGAUUACACCAUCAAUGCCUUCCAGCCCUGGCAGCACAGGGAGGAAGGAAGAAUUGCUGGGAUGCUUGCAUCACCACAGGGCAAGAGGUCCUCAAAUUUUACUGCUUUAUCUUUAAGUAAGACUUCAUAGUUCGGCUGACUUUUCAUCCAUUCUUGCUGAUUCUGCCAGUGAGUUCCUCUGUAGUGACAGCCAAAGGCACUCAUGGAAAAUACUUAACCAAGCGUAAAGGCAGAAGUCGAGGUCACUUCAUCUACUACGGAAGUGGGGCAUGUGUCUACCUCAGGCCUGAGUCUUUCGCUGGGUCUUUUGGUAACUGGUGGCGGUGGUGGUGACAAUGUUUGAGUUGUUUUAUUUUUUAUUUUAUGUUUUAUCUUUAUUUUAUUUAUUUAUAUUUUUGGCCACGCCGGCGGGGCCUGCGGGACCUUAGUUCCCCGACCACGGAUCGAACCCCUGCCCCCUGUAGUGGAAGCUCACAGUCUAAGCACUGGACCGCCGGGGAAGGCCGUGAGUUUUUUGUUCAUGUUGUCGUUCGUUUUAGUUUCUCAACUGUUACUAGGAAAUAAUUGUGGAGCAAGUGCUUGGUUUUAAUUCUGGAAGGCAAAAGAACGUAACUAAGGACUUUUCCCGAGGAACGCUUUGAGAUCUUUAUGUCCAUUUGUGGUGUGACUUACCCACUUUUCAAUUAAGGAUUCUUAAUUAAAGGAAAACAAGCUUAUUUAUAGGUUUGAAUCAGUGUUAUAGAACAAUAGGUUUUCGACUGGGAUCCGCAACCCACCCGCAUCAGAAACGUGUGGUCUGUGUUUACGUGAAAAACUGCAGACUCUAGGGCCUCACACCAACGAAACCUCCGGGGAUUGGAGCCCAGGAAGGAGCUUCUGUAAUCUCCACAGCUGAUUCUGAGGCACUCUAAAUGACAGGUUACACUGACCCAGCCCGGUGAAGAUCUCUGGAGACCAUGACCAAGAAAAGAAUUGCUGUGAUUGGGGGAGGAGUGAGUGGGCUCACGUCUAUCAAGUGCUGCCUGGAAGAAGGCUUGGAGCCCGUCUGCUUUGAAGGGACUGAUGACAUCGGAGGGCUGUGGCGGUUUCAGGAAGAACCUGAAGAAGGGAGGGCCAGUAUUUACAAGUCAGUGGUCAUCAACACUUCUAAGGAGAUGAUGUGCUUCAGUGACUACCCCAUCCCAGAUCACUAUCCCAACUUCAUGCACAACUCCCAGGUCCUGGAGUAUUUCAGGAUGUAUGCCAAAGAAUUUGACCUUCUAAAGUACAUUCGAUUUAAGACCACCGUGUGCAGUGUGAAGAAACAGCCUGAUUUCUCCACUUCAGGCCAAUGGGAGGUGGUCACGGUAUCUGAAGGGAAAAAGGAGGUGAAUGUCUUCGAUGGAGUUAUGGUUUGCACUGGCCAUCACACCAAUGCUCACUUACCCUUGGAAAGCUUCCCUGGAAUUGAGAAGUUCAAAGGACAGUACUUCCAUAGUCGAGAUUAUAAGAAUCCAGAGAGUUUCACUGGAAAGAGAGUCAUUAUAAUUGGCAUUGGGAAUUCUGGAAGCGAUCUGGCUGUGGAAGUUAGCCACACAGCCAAGCAGGUUUUCCUCAGCACCAGAAGAGGGGCUUGGAUCUUCAAUCGUGUCGGAGAUUAUGGAUAUCCUUUUGAUGUGUUGUUGACUUCUCGAUUUAAAUAUUUUAUGAGGAAGAUUUGUGGUCAAUCAUUAGCAAAUAUAUUUUUGGAAAAAAAGAUGAACCAAAGGUUUGAUCAUGAACUGUUUGGCCUGAAGCCUAAACACAGAGUUCUGAGUCAGCAACCAACCAUAAAUGAUGAUCUGCCAAACUGUAUAAUUUCUGGCUUGGUGAAGGUGAAAUCAAACGUGAAGGAAUUCACAGAGACAGCGGCCAUAUUUGAGGAUGGCUCCAGGGAGGAUGACAUUGAUGCUGUUAUCUUUGCUACAGGCUAUAGCUUUGCCUUUCCUUUUGUUGAAGAUUCUGUCAAAGUAGUCAAAAACAAGAUAUCUCUGUAUAAAAAGGUCUUCCCUCCUAACCUAGAAAAGCCAACUCUUGCAAUCAUAGGCUUGAUCCAGCCCUUGGGUGCCAUUAUGCCCAUUUCAGAGCUCCAAGGACGCUGGGUCACUCAAGUAUUUAAAGGGAUAAAGACAUUGCCCUCACAAAAUGAAAUGAUAAAAGAAAUAGCUAAGGUUCGAGAGGAUAUGGCCAAAAGCAAAACAUCUCUAUUUUCUCAAUGAAGAAACUACCUUCAACUUUCUAGGCUCAUGGAUCAUUCUAAAAUCUACCAGCUGCCAACAUGUUCAACUUAGCUGGAAAACUUGGGAUUUUAAAUGAGCUGUCCAGUCUUUUUUGAUCUCUUAGUUCCCAUAUUAGGAUACAAGAUUUUAUCUUAGAACUGUGAUAAGUAGCCAUCAACUGCUGGUGUGGCCUACAAAUGCGAUUGGAUUUUCUCCUCCCAACUCCUACUUUCUCCCCUCCUAACCCUCCCACACAGAGAGUCUAAGUAAUAAGUAUUCAAAGAAGUCAUUUAUGUAAUAAAUUAGAAUUGAUAACAACUACAUAUAGGGGUAUUCUGCUUAUAAUGGUUCUUCUUAUGUUGCACACUGUAGUUAUGAAAAACAAAGCAAAGGAAAUGAAACCAGGGCCUCCAGUUUAUGUCAAGUGCUGCUGUUGAUUCUGUUUUCCCAUCCCUAGAAGUUUUGCUCUCUUCUUGUCUGUCAGAGUAGUUCACUAAAUGUUAGAUGUCUGACACACCUAAUUUCAUGAAGAAAGGAACUGGAUGUACCAGCCAAGUGUGUUCAUAAAUAAGCUGUGGUGUAAUACAUUUGGGAUUGCUCCCUAUUGCUUAACCAAAAAAUAAAUUUGAACAACUGGAAGAACAACAUUAGAAAUCAUUAUCUUUCCCAAUGUACAAUAAACAAGAGAACCAGAAAUGUGAGAACUACAACUUCCUCCUAAUCGUGUAACUAUUUGUACAAUUCCUUGCUAUUUCACCUAAUUUCACCUGUGGAAAUGCUUUUUGAGAAUUAGAAGGUCUUUUUUCUUCCAUAAUCCUUGUGAUACUGGGGAUUUAUCCUCUAUUGAAAUGGACCUAGUAUCUUUUAAUCUGCAGACUCUUCUAAUUCAAAGGUAAAUUGAAAGCUGCUUCUUUUUCAUUUCCUUCUUUUAACAAAUAAAUUUGCCUCUUUCAGCAUGUAAGUCUGUUGAAUUAAAGUCCUUUGAUAAUGUAAUUCCUAGUUAUCAGCAAUAAGUACCCCAGUUUCCUCUUUAAAUAAAAAGCAUGUAAUUCUAAGUUCACUGAUGCUCUCAUUUUACUUAUAAUAUGAAAGGUUACCAAAAAAAAAAUCAUUGGUUAAAUUCUAAUCCAAGCUAAAAGUAGGAUGUGAAUAGGAAAGUGAACUCAAAAGAAUUCAAGAUACAAAGCCCUAGCUUUGGUGAAUAUGUAUAAAUAUUCAUCAAUUUACCAUAUCUUGCUUUUGUAAUUAUAUUAAAAGGUUGUAUCAUUUUCCCAAUUAUAUUAUACAGAAAAAUGCUUUCUUGUAGUGCCAGAAAGUAAGGAAGGGCUCAAAAAGCAAACUAUGGGGGGGUAUGUCACAGGGACACAGGAACCAACUGAAAGUGGUCCCAAUGGCCAAAGCUGGAACAAUUUGAACAACAAUAUAAAUAGCCUAGCAUUGGAUUAUAAUAUAAAGUAUAAAAAAUACCCAUCAGUCCAUAAUGGUGUAAAUAAGUGAUUGAAUAAUAAGUGAGGUAGAAUAGAGAAAAAUCCCAUAUGGAAAAUUUCAAACAAUUUACCUAAAUACUCUGCCCUCCAGGAGUUGGAGCAUAACUCCCCAUUCCUUAAGUGUAGGCUGCAUAGAGUGACUUCCUUCCAAAGAGCAGUAAAGGGAGAAAAAUAACUUUACAGUGGAGAAAUCUGACAAACACUACCUCGGCUGGGUGAUCAAGAUUAACAUCAACAGUAAAGUCAUGUGGAUAGUAUAUACUCUUGAUCUGAUGUGAUGAGAAGGGUACUUUGCUUCUGUGGUCUUCCUCCCUAAAACCAUGACCCAGUCUAACCAUGAAGAAAAAAUCUGACAAACCCAGAUUCAGGAAUAUCUUACAAAAUACCUGACCAUCUCAAAACUGAAGCUCAUCAAAAAAAAGGAAGGUCUGAGAAAUUGUCAUAGUACAGAGGAGCCUAAGGAGACCUGAUGUCUAAAUGUAAUGUACCUUGGAUGGGAUCUUGGAACAUAGAAAGGCAUUAAGUAAAAAUGGAAGAAAUAUUAACAAAGUAUGGAUUCUAGUUAAUAACAAUGUACUGAAUGGCUUAUUGGUUGUGACAAAUGUAGCACUGUAAUGUAAGAUGUGAACAAUAAAAUAAAUUGUGUGUGGGAUAUACAGGAACUCUGUACUAUCUUCCCAAUUUUUCUUAAAUCUAAAACUAUUCUAAAAUUUUAAAAUUAUUUUUUAAAAAAAGUAUUCUUUUGGUUCAGGAU